UAGUAAAAAUAAACUAAAGGAAUCAGAUUCAAGAGUUCAACAUGCCUUCCCAACAUGUUGGAGAUAUCCAGACAGACAUUAAUGGAAUCAAAAAGGACCAAACGUAUUUAUUUGUUGAUAGGAGUUUCCAAGAAUCUAUCAUCGAGUACUUUCAGUUCUUACGCAGGGAGGCGAUUCUCUGCGAUGUAACGCUGCGAAUUGGCAGCCUCAAGUUUUCGUGCCAUCGUAAUAUUCUCGGCGUAGCGAGUCCGUAUUUUCGAUCGUUGUUCAUAGACAGCGAAAGUGGUCGAUUCAUCAAGCACGUGGACCUGCCUCAAGAAAUUGAGCGUUCCGUCAUGGAGGCAAUAUUGGGUUACAUGUAUGGGGGACGAAUUUUUAUCAACAUCGGCAACGCUAUUGACAUUUUCAAGGCUGCAGUCUUCUUCAAGCUACAAAGUUUGAUCGAGGAAUGUUCCUACGUCCUUGUGAGUUUUCUAACGCCUGACAAUUGUUUGACGGUGCGGGAAAUUUCGCUAACCCAUGGACAAGAAAAGCUCCAUCAGCGGUGCCACAGAUUUCUAUGUGAAAAUUUUGUCAAAGUCGCAGAAACAACGCAGUUUUUGGAGCUACAUAAAAAUGAUCUGGAAAGCAUACUGUCCAACAAUGAUAUUUGUACAACUAGUGAGCAACAGGUGUUCGACAGUUUAAUAAGAUGGACUGAAUAUGACCGUAGGGAGCGAGGCGUCCAUUUUGCUAAACUACUCCAGCACGUUCGCCUUGCGCUCCUUCCUCCCAGCGUACUAAUGGACCAUGUUGAACGACAACAAUUGGUGCAGCGCUCACCAACAGCGAAAGAGAUGGUUUUGGAAGCCUUGCGAUUUAAUUCAGCACAAGAUGAGAACACCAGAAAGACCUUGAGCAGUCCGCGGACGUUGCCAAGAACUUGGUCAACAUUAGUUGACGUGAUUUUGUUUGUUGGAGGUAAAGGGCGAAAUCUAGAGGAAGGUCGAUUGACCUUCUGUUACGAGCCUAACGGUGAUCAGUGGUAUUCUUUAGCGCCCUUAAAAACUCAACUGUUCGAUCAUUCAGUGGUCUCUGUUGAUGGAUUCGUAUACGCAUGCGCCGGGUCUAUAGAAGGUCAGGCCUCCCUGCUUCUUCAAGAUAUGGUGCAAUGCUAUGAUCCGCACCACAAUUACUGGGACUAUGUGAACCCAAUGCAAGAACCAAGGGCAAAGUCUGCUGCAACGGAACAUGACGGAUUGCUCUAUGUCUUAGGUGGAAUUAUAAAUGGUUCCCAUGGCAACUCGUUUGAGGUCUACAACCCUAUCAACGACAAAUGGCAAUUUCUUUCCCCUCCCACAGUCCCACGAAGUCGUCACGCAAUGGUUACUACAGAAACGCAUAUUUACGUAAUCGGUGGAGAAGGACAAGGAAUUGAGCCCGAGAUCAGCAUGGAGCGAUACGAUCCAGCGGUUAACCUCUGGAGCUUUGUGCUACCGAUGAAUUGUGGGAAAGUAGGGGCAUGUGUCGUGGAGGUUGAGGGGAAAAUUUACGUCAUGGGUGGUCAUAACGGAUACACAACGCUCCGACAGUGUGAAGUGUAUGAUAUACAGACGCAUCAGUGGAAGAUGGUUAAAGACAUGACCGAGUUUCGCCAAGAUGCCGAGGCUGUUAUUUUGAAUAGGAAGAUCUACGUUGUUGGUGGACGAGACUACAAAGGGGAACGGGAGCUAUAUUCCAUAGAAUGCUUCGACAUAUCUACGGGAGAAUGGACUCGAUUGACGUCAGUUCCGAUUGCAAGAGUAGGCUUCCGGUGCGUGACGUGUAGAGUGAGUCGAGAUCACCUCGCUCCAUUAAAACUCGACUAAUUUUCAGCGAUCAAAGGCGAAAUGAUUACAUUUUUUCUAGCGUGGUUUUCUUUCUUUGUUUUUUUGUUGUUUUUGCUUUACAUAAAUUUUUUGUUCCCUGAGAAAAGUGAAAGCAAAGAGGCCAUUAAAUAUUGGGAAAAUUGGCAAUUAUUGCCUUCGCGAUGACAACAUCUGAUUUUGGAAGAUACACACCAAAAAACAUUUUUGUGGUCUUCUAUUUUCAUUUAUCCUGUUUCU